UCGUUGUUUUUCGGCCCUGUUGCGACCGCGGACAGACAGAAGCAAGCGGGCCGGUUGGAAGCUAAGCUAAUUCAAAUAUUUUUCAAGAUUUCACGCUUUUGCAUCAGUUCUGUUUCUAAAGUACCUACGUAUUUGAUUCGGUUAAGACUAAACUCUCUGUGAGUAAUUUAGCUUUAAGGCUAACACGCAGAAGAAGCUGUUUUUAUUUACUUCAAUCGUUUUUGACCUGCUAGCAGGGAGUAGGCGCCAGUCGUGUUUGACAACAGCGCUCGUCGUCACAUUCUGUUGUUUGAAGCUGGUGAGCUAACCAGCUAAUUUAAAAAUAAAAAUACUUCACAUUAUCCUUAUUAAAAAUAAACAUGUCAGACUUCCUUGAAGACCCGUCUAUUCUUACGAAAGAUAAACUGAGGAAUGCGCUUAUAGCGAACAAUGUGCCGCUUCCGAGCGGCGAGCAUAAGAAAGAAGUGUACGUUCAGCUGUACUUACAGAACCUGACCGUCCUCAACGCCAAGAAGAAUCCACCUGCAGACACCUUCUCCAGUGACGAAGACCUACCUGCGCCUGUGGUGGCCAACAAAAGCCGAUCUGGAAGGAAAGCUACUAAAAAGACAGACAAACCUCGCACAGAAGAGGUGGAAGUGACAUAUCUGACUGAUGAAGAUUUGAAACAGCAACUGGCAAAGUAUGGUGUGGAAUCAGGACCUAUUGUGGCCUCCACCCGUAGGCUGUACGAGAAGAAGCUUCAGAAGCUUUUGGACCAGCCUGCAGUUGAACCUGAAGCUCCUACAGAUCUCACAGUUCUGCCAAAAGUGGACAGCAAUCAGAAUGGCAACACAAAUUCUGACCAGUACAGCGACAAGGAAGAUGAUGACAUUGCUGCCCCAGAGCUGGAGCCAAUUCCUGUAGUGGAGAAGCCCGUGCGAAGCAGAGGGAAAACUCCUGUCACUGUUAGGACCAGCAGCAGGCGACACACAAAGCUGGUGGAGAAUCUUACCGAAGAGACCUCGAAGAAGACAGGGGAGAGUGUUGUUGAAGAUAUCCUUGCCAAUGAAAUUAGUACACCAACAGGCAUCAGUGCAACCUGCAGGCGGCCAAUACGAGGGGCAGCUGGUCGGCCAUUAAAACCCACUGAUUACUGGCUGGAAAAGUCCCGCCUUCAGCACAGAGUUCAAAUGGAGAGUCGCACUUACUCAGAGACUUUCUCCAGAGGGGGCAGCACUGUCUCUUCCAGCAAAGUGCCCGCCAGGCGAGGCUACUUGUCCAUGUUGCUGAAGCUUCUGUUCCUUGUCGUGGUGGUUGGUUCUCUCUACUAUGUUUACCAGAACCUUGAUGCCGAUCAGAUCAGCGCACUUAAAAGCCUCCUGGACAGCGUCGUCGUCCCCAUCCAGGGCGCUGUGGACCGCGCAGCCACCUACCUGGGUUUCAGCAACAGCAGCACUGCUGUGAAGAGCACCAGCAAAUAAAAACCCUCAGUAAUCCCUCGCCAUGCCCACAUCACGUCAAUGCCAUCUGGGACAGCACAACACAACCCAAGCAGUAAACCCAGCUCACCUGUGCUUUCUUUUCUUAUAACAUUGGACAUUUGUGGAAACAGUUUUCAGUGGGAACGAUGGACACACUCCUGUCUUGAUUCCAUUAUUCCUCCCAACACAAGGGGGAAGCAUUGUCAAACAGCUGCUUCUGCUGACACUCUUUAGUGGUAGCCAGAAGAGACCCAUUUUAAUGUUUAUUUUAAUCUGUGAAUUGUUUGUGUCUUUGUGUGUGUAUUUAGCCCUUAUACGUAGAAGUGAGAGCAGAAUGGAGCGUUUUCAUGUAUGGCUAUAGUUUUUGGAAGUCAUAUUGUAGGUUUUCAUCGCUGUGAAGGGUGUCUUUCGGAUGGUGACGUGCCUCGAUGCCCUGGGCCCUUUACAUCCUUCCAGUUUUGCAGCACAAACUCUGAAUAACAGAAUGUUCUAUUUUCCUCUGUAGUUCUAACGUUACGUAGACUGACUAGUUAUUUUUGGUGCUCAAGUUUAUUCAGCUCGAACCUGGUCCGUUCAUGGAGGCGGCAUGCGGUGUUAUCAGGUCAUUUCACCAAAUGAGGAAAAUUGGCUUAUUAAGUGACUGACAGUUGCAUAAAUCCCAGUAUAAUCAUGGCUGAAAUGCUAAUUGUGGUUAUUUUGCUUUUUCUUGCUUUUAAUGUUGAUCGACUGACACUCAUUACUGUAUUUUUGCCAUCUUGUAUCAGCAUCUUUAUGGUUUAAUAUUCAGCUAACAUGCACCUCGAAACUGUUUUUAGUACUAAUGCGCUGUCAUUUAUUUUAUAAUUACUUCCCAAGCAAUGAAAUGCAUCUUACAACAAUUAUAUGUUGUUGAUUCCCCCCGCCGCCAGUGUGUCCAUGAGUUCACAUGCUUUGGGUUUUAGUGCUCGGUUGUGUUCAUUGUUUUUAAUUAGACAUAUGCAGGACUGGCAUUGCAGUGCACCCACAUAGCCCCAUCAUGACUGCAUGUGUCCACACAUGGCAGAGCUGCACGGAAGAUGCAUGGAGAACGUUUACUUUUUUGGGACACUUAAUCCAGGUGUAAUGUUCUUUUUUUCUGUCCUAAGGACUGUUUCUCUGCAAAUUACCAAAAGUGAUGGUGCAGGUUCGUCUGAAGGGGGUCAUCUGCCCAAAGAGGCCCACUGAAGACACUUUCUCUGCAUGUGGCGGAGGGGGUAGUUGGUAGGGGGCUGAAUCUGUGGUAUCAAUGUUUGUAUUUUGAUAUUUUUCUAAUGUGGUUUCUUCUACUUUUUAUAGUGUGUUUCAAGGUAUCAUUGGAAAGCAAUAUGUCAUAUGAUCUUAAUCUGAAACUUGCUGACUCAGCAGAAGUGAACGUCAUCGGGCAGCUCUCCCUCAGUGGACAAAAAUUCUUCGGGCUUAUGUGGGGAAUCUGUUUAAUGAUGAUAAUGUAGCCAGUGUAUCAUGAAAUAAACUUGGUUCUUACCAAAUGC